AUGGGACUGAGGCACUCAUCACGGUGCCUGCUCCUGCGCAGAAAGAUGGCGGAGGCUGAGAGCUCGGAGCAGAAGCACCAGCAGCGGCAGCAGAGCGCUGGCAAUCCUCCAUCAUCACAGCCUCCCCCUGUGCCCAAGCCCAUGGCCUCAGUUCAUCACGUCCCUCGUCCCCCUCACACCCCACAUGUCUCAGCGUUGUCCACCUGCCCUGGACGUGGAAAAAUGGCCAAACUUCUCAAUCCAGAGGAAAUGACCUCACGAGACUACUAUUUCGACUCGUACGCCCACUUUGGCAUUCAUGAGGAGAUGUUAAAGGAUGAGGUGAGAACACUGACCUACAGGAACUCCAUGUACCACAACAAACACAUUUUUAAGGACAAGAUUGUUCUAGACGUGGGCAGCGGGACAGGAAUCCUCUCCAUGUUUGCUGCUAAAGCAGGAGCCAAACACGUCUAUGGGAUUGAAUGCUCAAGUAUAUCAGAGUACUCAGAGAAAAUCAUCAAAUCUAACCACCUGGAUAAUGUUAUUACCAUCUUUAAAGGGAAAGUAGAGGAGACAGAACUGCCUGUGGACCAGGUGGACAUUAUUGUCUCUGAAUGGAUGGGAUACUGCCUUUUUUACGAGUCCAUGCUGAAGACGGUCAUUUACGCCAGAGACAAAUGGCUGAAGCCUGGAGGGUUCAUGUUCCCAGAUAGAGCAACGCUACAUGUAGUGGCCAUAGAGGACAGACAGUACAAAGACUUUAAAAUCCACUGGUGGGAGAAUGUUUAUGGUUUUGACAUGACCUGCAUUCGCAACGUUGCCAUGAUGGAACCACUGGUUGAUAUUGUGGACCCGAAACAAGUGGUGACCAAUUCCUGCCUUAUUAAGGAGGUGGACAUCUACACAGUAAAGUUGGAGGAUCUGACCUUCACCUCAGCCUUUUGCUUGCAGAUCCAGAGAAAUGACUAUAUCCACGCUCUUGUCACCUAUUUCAACAUCGAGUUCACCAAAUGUCACAAGAAGACUGGCUUCUCCACAGCCCCUGAUGCUCCGAGUACUCACUGGAAGCAGACAGUGUUUUACCUAGAGGAUUACCUGACAGUGAGGAGAGGGGAGGAGAUCCUGGGUAGCAUCGCUGUCAAGCCCAAUGAAAACAAUGAGCGUGACUUGGACUUCACCUUUGAGCUGGAUUUCAAGGGGCAGCUUUGUGAUGCUGCGAUAUCUCACGACUACAAGAUGCGGUAGGAUUCCACCAGAGGGAGACUUUCCCUAACAGCUCGACCACCCAGAGAACAACAGAGGAGGCUGUUACAUGCUCUAAGCAAACAGAGGGAGAAACCAACAGCAGAAUAUGAGCCCAGUGUGAAUCAAGUAAAGCAAG